UUUUACAUAGACAUCAAGCAAUCAAUGGAGCAAGCGAUGCUCCCUCCGAACCUGGUCCCCGACGAGGCGAACCCAGAGUGGCUUAACAAAGGCGACAACGCGUGGCAGCUGUCGGCGGCGGCGUUCGUGGGCCUCCAGACAAUCCCGGGCCUGGUCAUCCUCUACGGCAGCCUGGUGAAGAAGAAAUGGGCCGUCAACUCGGCCUUCAUGGCCCUCUACGCCUUCGCCGCCGUCAUGGUGUGCUGGGUCGGGUGGGGAUACCGCAUGUCGUUCGGCGACAAGAUGCUGCCGUUUUGGGGCCGCCCGGGGACCUCGCUGGACGAGGACUUCCUGCUGAGGAAGGCGUUUCUGGGGAACUUCCCCAACGCCACCAUGGUGUUUUUCCAAGGGGUUUUCGCCUGCAUUACGUUGGUUUUGGUGGCCGGGAGUCUGCUGGGCCGGAUGAAUUUCCUGGCUUGGGCCAUGUUUGUGCCGCUUUGGCUCACGUUCUCGUACACGGUGGGCGCCUUUAGCGUUUGGUGCCCCGACGGGUGGCUGGCCAAGUUGGGGAUCAUUGAUUUCUCCGGCGGCUACGUGAUUCAUGUCUCCGCUGGUUUCGCCGGCAUCACGGCGUCGUUUUGGGUGGGGCCGAGGUUAGACAAGGACAGGGAGAAGUUCCCGCCGAACAACAUAAUCCUGACGCUGGCCGGAGCGGGGCUGCUGUGGAUGGGCUGGAGCGGGUUCAACGGCGGCGGACCCUUUGCGGCCAGCAUCGACGCGUCCCUCGCCGUCCUAAACACACACGUGUGCACCUCCGUCAGCCUGCUGAUGUGGCUGCUCCUCGACUGCAUCUUCUUCGGCAAGCCAUCCGUCAUCGGCGCCGUCCAGGGCAUGAUCACCGGCCUCGUCUGCAUCACCCCUGCCGCAGGUGUGGUGCAAGGGUGGGCAGCAGUAAUAAUGGGAGUAGUGUCCGGAAGCAUCCCGUGGUACACAAUGAUGGUCCUCCACAAGCGCCUCGCCUUCCUCACCCACGUCGACGAUCCCAUGGCCAUCUUCCACACCCACGCCGUCGCGGGGAGCCUCGGCGGCAUCCUCACCGGCAUCCUCGCCGUCCCCAAGCUCUGCCGCCUCUUCUUCAUGGUGCCCGACUGGGAGCGCUACACGGGCCUCGCCUACGCCCUCCAGAACAACCACGCCUCCGCCGGGUUCCGCCAGCUGGGCGUCCAGGCCGCGGGGCUGCUCUUCAUCGCGGGCCUCAACGUCGUCGUCACCAGCGCCAUCUGCUGGCUGGUCGGGCUGCUGGUGCCGCUGAGGAUGUCGGAGGACAAGCUGUACGUCGGCGACUACGCCGCCCACGGCGAGGAAGGGUUCGCGCUGUGGGGGGAGGGCGAGGCGGCGGCGGCGGGUGGCGUGGCGAGAUCCGGCAGCUCGGUGGGGCUGGGGAGUACUUACUCCAAGCCUGGCUCGCCGUACGAGAAUUAUGUUUCGAGAAGCUUCGAGAACUCCAAGGAUGUGGGGCCAGCGGCGUACGGGGGCAAGGAUAAUCAGGAGGACCAAAGCUAUGUGUACUCGUUCAACCCGAAGAGCGGGCUGCCGGUGGAGUUUGUGGCCGGGUACGGCGGCGGUAGGAGGUAUGAGAACUCGAUGGCGACGGUGAGCGAGGAGAAGUCGCCGUACGACGACGGGCAAGGGCGGAGGUAUACCAACUCGUUGUACGACGCUGAUGCGUCGAGGUCCGUUCAGAUGGUUUGA